GUUCAACUUGCAACAAACGUUCAUCCCCAUCAUCUCCAGGGUCCUGGAACCCGUAUAAGGCACCCAUAUUUACGACUUGUUACGAAAAUAAUGUCUGGAUUGCCAUCGAAGAACAAUCCGUACGGUGCAUACCCCGAUAUCCACAUGAAUACCGCAAAAGGAUAUACUGCAAGCAGUCCCGAUAUCCGCAUGGCGACUGCGAAAGGCAUGACCCUCAGCAACGACAUCACGAUGAACACCGCAAGAGUAGACACCACGCUUAAACAAGGCCGCUUUCAGCCUUGGGAGCAGGAAUUGCUGGACAGUCCUGAAGUCAGACGAAAAUCCACUGUAGCACAGCUUUAUUUCCUCGAUUACUACUUUCAAUUACUAGGAUACCUCGCAGCUCGAAAAGACAGACGAGCAAAGUUCGACGCCGACACUGCAGCUCGGGGCCUCACAGCGUCCGAAUACGCUAAAGAAUAUAAAUCUUAUCGUGGCAGGGAACGCGUCGUACUACGUAAACGAAGAACCAAACUCAAGGUCGAUCAAUUUCACAUCAUCGCUCAGAUCGGUCAAGGAGGAUAUGGCGAGGUCUUCCUGGCGCGCAAGCAAGAGACCGGAGAGAUUUGCGCAUUAAAGAAGAUGCGCAAGCGGACGUUGUUCAAGAUGGAUGAGAUCAGGCACGUCCUUGUGGAGCGAGAUAUUCUGACUGCGACGAAGACCCCAUGGCUUGUCCGACUUCUUUACGCUUUCCAGGAUCCCCAAUUUGUCUAUUUGGCAAUGGAGUAUGUCCCUGGAGGCGACUUCCGAACUCUGCUGAAUAACUCGGGUGUCCUCAAGGAAGAGCAUGCCAGAUUCUACAUCAGUGAGAUGUUCGCCGCAGUGAAUGAGCUUCACAAACUUGGUUAUAUUCAUCGAGAUCUCAAGCCAGAGAAUUUCCUUAUCGACGGUACAGGACAUGUCAAGUUGACAGACUUCGGUCUGGCAACCGGAGCACUGAACCCGCAACGUAUCGAAUCACUCAAAGUCAAGCUCGAUAAGGUGAAAGAUGUCCCUCUCGUCCACCGCUCCACUAUCGAACGUCGUUCCAUCUAUCGUUCAAUCCGAAACCAAGACCCUCGAUACGCCGACUCCAUAGUCGGUUCCCCUGAUUACAUGGCACCGGAAGUCCUCCGAGGGAAACCAUACACGUAUUCCGUAGACUACUGGUCCUUAGGGUGUAUCUUCUUCGAGUUCCUCGCCGGGUUUCCACCAUUCAGCGGUAGCACCCCAGAGGAAACUUGGGCAAAUUUGAAGAAUUGGUCAACGGUGUUGAGGAGGCCUCAUUACGAUAACCCAGAGGAUAUGAUCUUCAACUUGUCUGAUGUUGCCUGGGACGCGGUCACUAGGUUGAUCGCGCAUGCAUCUGUCCGUUACUCCUCCCUCGAUCAAUUGAAGUCCCAUCCUUUCUUCAAGAACGUCAAAUGGGACAACGUGCGUUCCACCCGAGCGCCUUUCGUUCCCGCCCUCGACUCAGAGAUCGACACGGGUUACUACGAUGACUUCACUUCAGCCGAAGAUAUGGAGAAGUAUGCCGAGGUAAAGGAGAAGCAGCGUAAUGUGGAGGCAGUGAGGGAGAAGGAGGAACCUUUCUCAAGAGGUGUUUGGGUGGGGUUCACGUUUGGAAAGAAUGGUCCGAACGUGAAAGCGAUUAAUGCGAUGGGUGGUGGGUCGGAAGAUGGCGCGUUGGCGACUAUCUUCUAGAGGUGAGAGAGUCGCUUGGAGAAUAUUUCAAGAUCGUGAGGUACGUUUCGGAGUGUAUUUGGUUAGAGCGGAUUAUACAUGUACACGUAUACCAAGAUACCCCUUCGCUUUCGUAUGUAGUUCGCUUUCGUAAAGGUUAUCGUCAGUAGAAACUUAGCAAUUUCACUUGUGGUUGAUCCGCAACUCAUCACUAUGACACGUUGGAGGAUGCAUAGCUUCAACUACGGACGUCUAUACGAGAAGAUAAAAUCAUGACCAUUCCAUC